AUGAUGUGGUUCCAACGCCCUUUUCUUGGCCUUCCGUCUGCUGCUAACAACAAGCAUCAUAUUCGAUUCUGUAUCUUCUUGGGCUGGACUCGGACACUCGUUAACAAACACGCCCUUCAACGUUCGCUCUUGUUUCUUCUUCCUCGCCAAUCAUCAACCCCUCGUCACGCACAAACAAGCGCUUCCAAGAUGCAGCUCUCGGCCCUCUUCCUCCUCGCCCCCGCCCUCGUGGCCGCGACUCUCGACCCGGCCACCUCCAACACCAAGGGCAAAUGCCCCUCGUCCUACGCCUGCAGCGCCACAAAGGUCUCCAAGGCCAUCCAGGCCGCCGAGUGCUCCCACAACACGCGCACCGGCAAGACCCAGACCUUUGCCGUCUUCGAGACCGACCACCAGUACGACGGCAACAAUGGCUACCCCUACGGCACCUGUUCCGCCUACACCUGCGACGCGCCCACCGAGAUGGUGGCCGACGAGGACUGCUGGACCUUUUUCUGGAGCGGCACCGGCGAGGAGAGCGGCGUCGGCACCGGCUGCAUCAAAGACCCCAACACGGGCGAAUGCGGUUGCGAGAACUCUGACGGCACUUUCGUUCCCGGCAGCGACAGCUGUAAGUAAGGUAACGGCGUACUGAUCCUGGGCAAGGCCACGAGUGGCAUGUUGGGAGCGUCCAUCGCCCUCGUCCUGCACGACGCCUGUGUUACAGCAUGAAUACAACCGAAAUUGUUUAUAAAUACGAAGAAGAAGGAGAAGGGGGGGGAAAAGAAGAAAAUAUCAAGUGAUGUGUGAUGUGGUCCUACACUGGAACAGAAUAGCGGGAAUACGACCUCGUUGCUCGUCCCCUUCGCUACAUCAGGCUCAAAGUAAGGCCGAUCAUUUGGGAACAAGAUCUUCUCUAUGGAUUUUUAUUCGGCGCUAAAAUCAAUAAGCCAACUUGUUUGAUUUAUGCCGUUGUCUUUUAAUGGGAGCAAAUCAACAUUUUGGUGAUGUUGAUGUCGAGGCUUAUGAAC